GUUUAGGCCAGGCAUGACAGCGUCCAGAAGUGCUAUAUAAGCCAUUUACACGCUCCCUGCUCAUUUCUUACAACAAACUGCAGCGAGAAGUCCUCACUUCUGAAGCAUCGAAGUGUUCCAACAUGGAAGGCAUGUUCGAUCACGACCGUGGUUUAUACGCUGAGCCAAAUUUCUCCUUUGAGGAUACAUUUUGCCGGGAAAUAACGUCUUGUCUUUACGAAGAUGAAUAUCGAGAGGAAAAUACGUCCCCUGGCAGAGACGCCGGAUCCCGACGGGGCGACGCGGGAUUGUUUAACCCGAGAUUUGACUCAAGCGGGGCCGAUGGCGAUCGCCUGUCGGGGUCAGAUUUAUCAAAAGGUUUAACAGAAACUGGUUUUGUGCAAGAAGUCAGCGAAAAUUUUACCGACGGUUAUGGAUAUUCUGUGGGCUCUUGCGAGGGAGGUACAACUGGUAGCGAAUCCCCCACCGGCACGUGGAGCGGUGAUGAGGAGUUAAACACUGGCGUCCCAUCCCCCUGUGUUAAAGCAGAGCCAAUGAAACGGAUUCGCAGGCUUCGCGCGAACGAUCGUGAACGACGGCGCAUGAAAUCUCUUAACAGAGCACUGGACAGUCUAAAGAAAUGCAUCCCUGUGCCACAGAGUAAGCGAAGAGUGACCAAACUAGAGAUUCUCAGGAUUGCAUGCAAUUAUAUUAAAUCCUUAUCGGACACACUGAGGGGUGAAUCAAGCGGACCAAGUUCAGUUUUCAGGAAACGAGCGCGCGCCGAUGCUGUAGUCAAUGGAUUUUCUGUUGCGCAAAGACUUGAAAUAUUAUCAGGAAACGGCUCCCCAAGAAUCUAAACAAAAACAUUUAUAUUGAUAAAGAGUAAAUUUGAAUUAUGAGACCUUUAAAAAGUCACUGUACAUAUGUAUAUUAUACGGUACACGUUCUCUAGGUUAGGCGGCAUUUUACAUGAAAAUAUAAAAUGGUAGUUAUCUGCUUAACUGUUAUAAAGCUGCUUUUAUUGUGGA